AAAUGGAGAACUGACAGACCCUACCUAAGGUGCAGCAGGAGCCUAGACACCCUUAAUGGCUUUGAGCGCUGCCCUUCUCCCGUCACUCUUAUUUACAAGCACCUCCUAGAGGCAGCAAGUUUAAACUUUGGUAGGGGGAAGCUGGUAAGGGCAAUAACAAAAAAUGUAAUGAGUAACUUGUCCAGCCUGUUAGACGGUUAGGGCAGAGAGAGGGUAUCAGCAAUGUAGGUAGGGGGCUUGGGCUGUUAAAGGAGGUGCAGGGAGCCUCACUGAGGUCUGAUACCGAGGCAAGACAGGGGAAGCCAUGGUGACAUCUGAGGAAAGAGUGUCUAGGCAGAGGCAGGGCCCUGGCAAAGGCUGGCCAUGGCAGGAGGCUGGAGAGCUGGGGAAUAGCAAGGGUAUCUGGCACAGAGGAAGCUAGAGGCAAGAAGAGGCAGCUAGGCAGCCUCACAGGAAGGCAAGCAGACAAAGGGCUCUUGUACAUGCCAGGUCCCUGUCAGUACCCCACAGCGCCACUUCAGAAGCCUGCCUGGGCUGAGGCCUGACAAGGGUACCCUUUCCUCAGUCCUGUCCUCACUAUGAAAUGGCUAGGCCCUUACUGUAUAGGCUCAGGAGAGGAAGGAAAGGAAAGCAGGUGACAGCCACACUCUGGGACAAGGGAGACACAAUGCCAUCUUCCUAGCACUCACUGCUUGCCCAGUCCUUACAGGAAUGUUCUGUUGGGAGGGUUGCAUUUCUGUAAGGUCUCCAGAGACUGGAACUCACUAGGAACACUGCAGAGCUGAGCCUUGGCCAGGGAGAACAGGGCAAAGAUCAGGAAGAGAGGGGGGUUGGAGAUAAGGUACAGAGCGGGCAGCCUAGCUGCAGGGAAGCACGUGGUCAUGAAAGGACUCCUUUCUGCAACCGACUUCCUUCUGGACACUGAGGAUCCACUUACAAACAAGAAAGGAAAACAUGACCAGAGACACUGGGGCCAGGUUCUUGGCUCCUCCCAGUGCUCAGAGCAGACCCUCAAGGCAGCCAGGCCAGAAGUGUUUCUCUCUCAGACACCAGGCAGAUCCAAGAUGGGUAGCCCAGUGCACCGAGUAUCACUGGGAGACACCUGGAGCAGGCAAGUUCACCCUGACAUAGACAGCGAAAGGUGUCUACCAUCCUUCAGUGUGGAGCGGCUCACCAACAUCCUUGAUGGAGGCGUCCACAACACUGUGCUAAGGAGGAAAGUUGAAAGCAUCGUCCAAGGUGACCCAGUGUUCAACCUGAAGGACCAUUACUUCAUGACUCAGGAUGAGCAAUACGAGGCUGCAGUUCAAAAAAGAUUCCACCUUGAGAUGCUAGCCCGGCGUCUGGGCUGGUCAGAAGGCAGUCCUGAACGCAGUUAUGCUGACAGGGUACUUUCUGGAUAUGCCAACUUAAGCUUACAUGGCAUUGCCAUGAAUGCUCUAAGAAGCCUGGGCUCAGAUGAGCAGAUUGCCAAAUGGGGCCAACUCGGCAAAAAUUUCCAAAUCAUCACAACAUAUGCCCAGACAGAACUGGGACAUGGGACAUACCUGAGGGGCCUGGAGACCGAAGCUACCUAUGAUGCAGCCACCCAGGAGUUUGUGAUACACAGCCCUACAAUGACUGCCACCAAGUGGUGGCCUGGGGACUUGGGACGGUCAGUCACGCAUGCUAUAGUCCUUGCCCAGUUGAUCUGCUCAGGAGCCCAGCAUGGCAUGCAUGCCUUCAUUGUGCCCAUCCGGAGCCUACAGGACCACACCCCACUGCCAGGAAUCACAGUUGGGGACAUAGGGCCCAAGAUGGGCUUGGAACACAUAGACAAUGGCUUCCUGCGACUGAACCACGUGAGGGUUCCCAGAGAGAACAUGCUGAACCGCUUUGCAGAGGUCUUGCCAGAUGGUACCUACCGGAGGCUCGGGCCAGCACAGAGCAAUUAUCUGGCCAUGUUGGUGACCCGGGUGGGGCUGUUGUUAAAAGGAAUCCUACCUUACCUCCAGAAGUCUUGUGUCAUUGCUGUGCGCUACUCAGUCAUUCGCCACCAGUCCCAUAUUCGGCCUAGUGACCCAGAGGCAAAAAUCCUGGACUACCAGACACAGCAGCAGAAACUCCUUCCUCAGCUUGCCAUGAGUUAUGCCUUUCAUUUCCUGGCCACUAGCAUCUUAGAAUUCUUCCACAGCUCCUAUGGUGCCAUUCUGAACAGAGACUUCAGCCUCCUGCCUGAGCUCCAUGCACUGAGCACUGGUAUGAAGGCCAUGAUUUCAGACUUCUGUACCCAGGGGGCAGAGAUAUGUCGCAGGGCCUGCGGUGGUCAUGGUUACUCAAAGCUGAGUGGUCUGCCGACAUUGGUCACCCAAGUGACAGCCUCUUGCACCUAUGAGGGUGAGAACACGGUGCUCUACUUGCAAGUGGCCAGGUUUCUGAUGAAGAGCUACCUGCAGGCUCAGGUGUCCCCAGGCUCCACACCACAGAAGUCUCUCCCUCAAUCUGUCAUGUACCUUGCCACACCAGGGCCAGCCAGGUGCGCAGCCCAGACAGCAGCCGACUUCCUCUGCCCAGAUCUCUACACCACAGCCUGGGCACAUGUGUCUGCCAGGCUCAUAAAGGAUGCGGUACACCAUACACAGACCCUCAUGAGAUCUGGGAUUGACCAGCACGAUGCCUGGAACCAGACUGCUAUCAUACACCUUCAGGCUGCUAAGGCUCACUGCUACUACAUCACUGUGAGGAGUUUUAAGGAAGCUGUGGAGAAACUAGACAACGAACCAGCAAUUCAGCAGGUGCUCCAACGCCUUUGUGACCUCUAUGCCUUACAUGGUAUUCUGGCUAACUCAGGUGACUUUCUUCAUGAUGGUUUCCUGUCUGGGGCCCAAGUGGACAUGACUAGAACAACCUUUCUUGAGCUGCUCCCCUUGAUCCGGAAAGAUGCGAUCUUGUUAACUGAUGCUUUUGACUUCACGGAUCAUUGUUUAAAUUCUGCACUCGGCUGUUAUGAUGGACAUGCCUACGAACGUCUAUUUGAGUGGGCUCAGAAGUCACCAGGCAAUACUCAGGAGAACCCUGCCUAUGAGAAAUAUAUCCGACCACUGCUACAAAGCUGGAGACCCAAGCUAUGAGAAGCCAACAGUACUCAGGAUCAAGAAGCACUAUGGUGGUUCUACGGCAUACAUGUAAAGAUUGAAAGUGAAAGCGAAGGCAGAGUGGCUAGCUCCUCAACUCUUAGUGAGCUGGUACGUGAAUGAAUGUUCAUCACAUUAUUCUACUUCUGAGUAUAUUUGAAAUUUCUCUUUGUCUAUUUGUAGUAUGUAUUUGGUUAAAUGCUAGAAUUUUCCUUUAAAAAUAGCAAAAGCCAAUAAACUCAUUAGUCACUA